GCCAUCCUAGCUUUCAGUUUGAGUAGUGAACUGUGGGAAAGUUACCACAAACAAAUACAAUGAUUCCUUCUGACUGUGAGAAUAAUAUUCCUUUGGAACCCACUGCCUGUAACACACCAACACAAUAUGACCAGUACUCAGAAAAUGCAUCAACUUGGCCUAAUUUUUUCAAGAAUAACGAUACUGAACUGUAAGUAUAUUUCACUUAAUAUUUAAAACGCAGACAUGGUACAAUGUGGGCACGAGGAGAUACACUAACCAAUAUUCUAAAAACAAUGCAUCGAGAAAAUAUGCAGAAAAUGAUGGGAUACCAUCCAGAAAGCAGGAAGAAGGGAGGUGUAGAAUGUUCACCACUGAUUGCUGCUCUUACCUACUAAUUAUAGUCUUCCAAGUAACCGAGGCUAACCUAAGACAAAUAUCCUUUAUCCCAUAAUUCUACAUAAUGGAUUGACCAGUUCUCUGCCUUUUCUUCACUCAGUAGCAAGGCUAGCGAAAAGAACAGAGCCCCCCCCCCGGGGUAAUAGUCGCAGCACAAGUCUAAGCAACCAAAGCAGGUGUUUCCAGAUGGUGACAGAUAAUAAAUGGUGGUCCCUACCGUAUCCAAACACACGCUGCAUGACUUCAAUAUUACUCACACGAUGAUUCCAUCCAACGCAAACAAUUCUAAGGAGGAAACAAUGACUGAAUACACAGAGUCGCCGCACAUGUCCAGGUUUCACAGGAGUAAAGAAACUGAGCACACUGAAGCAUUGCAUACCAGGCCUCUGAUAGCCAGGCUGUCAUCGAGACGUCACCGGAUGUGGCCCAAACUGGCGUAUGCCAUCCUAGCUUUCAGUUUGAGGUAAGGCAUUUCAUCCGUCGCAUCACCGUCAGCACUUGC